AUGUAUAGUUAUGAUAAUAUACCGACUACAUGGUUUAGAUCCAAUAGACGAGGACGAAUACCUUAUAAUCCAUCGCGUAUGUCUCAACCAGUAUCAAAAAGUUUCAAUCGGAUAUCGGAUUUUAUUUUUCCGGAUACAAUUCAUAUACAUAUGUCACGUCCUCCUCAGCAACUAUUCGAUAAUGAACGUUAUGGACGAACAGAUCAUUAUAAUAUACCUGCUUCAAAUCGACCAAGAUCAUGCUAUCAACCUGAUUUAAUUAUUGUAGAACGUUUACCUGCUGAUGAACUUGAUAAUAUUGAUUUACUCUAUCAUGAGCAACAUUAUCAAACAAAUCGACAACUUCGACGUCGUUAUUCAUCAAUUAUUGAUGAUCGUCGAAUGCCACCUAAUGAAAAACCACCAACCGAAAUACCGACUCGACCAGCAGCAUUUCGUGAAAGAAUUCGUGAUAGACGAAAACGUCAUACAACUGAUAAUGCAUAUCAUUCAAUGUUAAAAUCAAUGUUAGAUUUAGAUGAAUUACAAGAAUGUACAAAUGAUAAAGGUCCUAAUUGUAUCCUUUCAUAUAGAACAACUCUUGAACCAAUUACCGAUUCUGAAUCAAUGACAUCUAUACAUCAGCAACCAGAACAACAAAAACAGCAACAGGAGCAGCAGCAUCAUGUUAACAAUAUUGCCCAUUGUCGUGUACCAAUCAAUGGAACUGCAGCUUCUGUUAUGAAUGAAUAUGAUCUUCCAAGACAUCGACAAUUUAGUUCAACAAUAAGUAGUCGUGAUUCAACAAGCGAUACAGAGACUGUUGAAAGACAUUCACUAACCACAAUGAAUUAUAAUCAUAAUUUACAAACUUCACCACGUGUCAAUGUAUCAAAUGUAUGUCGAACGCCUUGGAAACGUCAUACUUAUCAAUCUGAUGGAUUUUUUCCUAUUCCUUCAUCAAUUACAGACACAAACAAUCAUAAAACAACGUCUUAUUCGAAUAAUCUGACCACUUCAUCGCCAUUCGAUAAUAUUAACAAUCAAUCAUCAUCGCCACGAGAUGCAAAUCAUGUUUCUGUAUGCGUCAAUGAUUUACAUACAACGUUAUUUAUCGAUGAAGAUACACUAAAUAAUACUAAGACAACAAUCAAUAAUACUAAUAAUAAUGGAGACAAAGCGGUUAUAAAAACAUUUAUCGAUCGAAUUAUCAAACGAUUACAACAUUUUAAACGUUCACUUGAUAAUGGAUUAAUCUCUGUACGAAAACGAAAUACAUUAACGAAUGGAUCGAUUGUUACAACGAAUCAUCAAUCACGUAGUGAAAUGACUAAACGAAAAAGUGAUAUAUAUUCAUCAUUAAUAAAUGAUGAUGAAAAUAAAUAUAUUCGACCAUAUUUUUUAAUUAAACCACAAACAGUAUUAGUAUUACCUAACGAAACAGCUAAAUUUAAAUGUUGUUUUGGUGGUGAACCAUUUCCAAAUGUAAUUUGGUCACAUAAUAAUUCUCGUAUAUCAGAUAUAUUAGCAACUAAUAGUCAUAUGUCAUCGAAAUAUCGAAUACAUAAAUUACAUGAUAUUUAUUAUUUGGAUAUUGAUUCAAUUAAUUUUCGUGAUAGUGGAGAAAUAAAAUGUACAAUUACAAAUCGAAUGGGUCGUGAAGAAACAAUUGUACAAUUGUUAGUUGUUUGUUCACCGACUAAUGCUAUACCUUGUAUUAUACAACCACUUAAUGAUAUGAUUGUUAUUGAAGGUCGUCCAUUAACAUUAACAUGUAGUGUCAAAGGUUUGCAAGUGACAAUUAAUUGGUUUCAUAAUGGAAAAUUGGUGUCAUCAGGAACACAAUCAAAAAAUAAUUAUAUUGAAGAAAAUGCUAUAUUUACUCUUACUUGUUGUAUGAGAAAUGAUGCUGGUACUGUUGAUUGUAUUGUUAAAAAUCGUUUUGGAGAAGCGAGAACAAGUUGUCGAAUUGAAGUGGUCAAUGAUCCUGCAUUUGACCGGUGA